AUGGGGCUUGUCGCUGGGCACCUGAUUGAAUGCGGGAACUACGUGACGGGAGGAAACUUUUGCGGCUUCAAGCGCAUUCAGCCGUACUACAACCUGUCAUAUCCGAUUGCCGAGAUCUUCAAUGACAGGCAUUGCAUUGCCACGAAGCAACCCGGCCAGAAUGGCCCCUCAACGUCGACACUGUUCGGAGAGGGACCGGAUCGCGUGAGCGUCAGUGGAUUCAAGGGCCUUUCUCCUCCGCAAACUCUGAAAGUCGCCAUCCAAGCAUACGCCGGGUACCAGGCCGAGAUCCUCGUGUAUGCCAUCGGCCUCGACAUCCAGGAGAAGGCUCGAUCGUUCGAGACCCAGCUACGCAGAGACCUGGCCUCCAAAGAGCUGCACAAGCUUGACGUACAGAUCCUCGGCGGUUGCGCACCCGACCCCGGGUCUUCGGACGCAGCGACCGCGGUCAUCCGGGUGUUCGCUCAGGCGGCGAAGGAAGAAACGCUGACCAAACGCAACUUCGAGUACCCCCUGAUACAAAACCUCGGCCAGGCAUUCCCCGGCUUUACGCCAAACCUCGAAUACGCGCGUACUGGCCAGCCGCGACCGUACCUCGCUUACUUCCCAGCGCUGAUCGAUCGGUCCAAGGUCGAUAUGAAAGUACACUGGGUUGGCUCGCAGGAUUGCAUCGCAGUUUCUCACUCCAUCGGGACGACAAGCGGCCCUAACGAAGUAGUCCAGGAGAACUACGAGCCCACGAACCCCGUAGGACUGGACGCGUUCGGGCCAACGGUCAGAGUUCCUCUAGGGCACAAGGUCUUCGCGCGGUCCGGGGAUAAGGCCGCCAACGUCAACAUCGGCUUCUUCCCGCAAGGGGAGUCACAGGAAGAGUGGGAUUGGCUCCGUUCUUUUCUAACGACUCAGAGGUUGAUCGAGCUGCUUGGGGACGAUGCUCGGACUGUGUCUAGAAUCGAGCGCACCGAAUUCCCAAGAAUCAAGGGCGUCCACUUUGUCCUCUUUGACCUUCUGGGAGGCGGCGUGACAGACACAUCGAGGCCUGAUAGCCUUGGCAAGGGCCUUGCUGAGUUUGUCCGGGCGAGGAUUGUCGACUACCCAGUAAAUCUCUAUUCUUUGCCUACAAUAUAG